UGUUUACAAGUCGAGUCAGCUGACUUCCGUUCUCCUGAUUUCAUGGUCUCAUAUUUUGGUGCUGCUGUUGACUUUUUUUCUCUCUCUACUAUAAAAAACACAUACAUGAAUUACGUUACGUCGUCUUAAUCAGUUGUCAACCUUUUUUUCUUAGCCUUGUUUUAGCACAGUCUGAUUUAGAGCCGUUAACAGCUAGCAUGUUUAGCUAACAAGCUUCGCCACAACGGUGUAUUUACAUUAGCAGUAGCAACAUUCAUCAGAGUGUAAUCAUGGACAAGAUUGUCAAAGAUGUGGGUGAUAUCCAGUCCCGAAUGUUCGACCACAGACCUGUCAUCGGUGCAGAAAUCCGAUAUUUUAUCAGAGAGUUUGAGGAGAAACGGAGCUUCAGGGAGAGCCGACUGCUGGAGAACCUUAAUAAAACGGUGCAGGAGGCUAAUGAGCAAAUGUUGCCCGCAGAUGUGGAAGAAACAAACCGUCAGCUGGCCGACAUCAUGAAACGAUUAGAUGCAGCUAAUCACAUGGCAGAAAGAGUCCAGCAGAGGGAGCUAGAGACUCAACAGGGCGCCCAGCUGCAGGCAAACAUGGAGAAACUAAAGGAGGACUGGGCCGAGUUUCUGAAGGAGCAGCAAGAAUUAAAGGAGGAGGUGGAUGAGGAGCACGCUAAGGCUGUUGGAGAACUCAGCACUCGAUUUAGUGAAAAGAAGAAGGAGUUGGCUAAGCUUUCAAUCAGCUGAUCAGUUUAAUGUUUGUAAAGCUGCAGGUGAUCUCAUGUUCUCCCUAUGCAAACAAUAAAAAUAGUUCUGUCAGCAUUUUUAAUACAGAAAGACUGGGAAAAAAACUGGAACAAGCUUUUUAAGUUAUCUAUGUUUAAAGUACGUGUGCAUGAAGGCCUUUGGUAAUAAACUGAAAUUAGGUUUAAUAAAGCUCAUCUGUGCA